AACACUCCCGCCGGAGCCAAUUUUACAUACGUGCGAAGGCUCAAGUUUCUGUAAUACCCGGCGCUUCAACGGCGCAGCUUUAAAAUACUUAUGUGCCUCGAGGUCAGCUGUUCGCUUGUAGCGUGGAUGGUGAAUUCUUUUCAAGAUGGCCUCACUAGGAUUCCGUCAAAGUGUCAAGUCUGCGUUGCAAACUGCCAAAAGCGCGUCGACGCGUCGUAAUACCGGACAAUGCUGCUCUCUGACAGAAGAGAUCCUCGGGAAACAUGCUCACCGUCCUGCCCUCAUUUGUACGCAAGAACGUCCCCGUGCCCAUGGUGGGCCACCAUCACGGAACCUCAAUGUGAUUAAUCACCUAGCAUGGGAUUUUGACGAGUUUGACAAGCACAUACGAGCACUGGCCCGAGGCUUGGUUGCAAUGGGUGUCAGGAAGGGUGAUCGCGUUGCAGUACUCAUGGGGAACAAUAGUGGUGUGUUCCUAUAUGAAGCUCUUACGCAAUCACUUCAGUGGGCGUGCGCGAGCAUAGGUGCAAUCCUCGUAACGCUGAACCCUGCCUAUAGGUUGAAUGAACUUGUGGAGACAAUCAACCUUGUCGGCGUUACCCAUCUCUUUACUGUACCUCGCAUCAGAACGUCAAAUUAUAUUCGCAUGCUCUCUGAUGCCUUUCCUGGGUUGUGCAACUCAACUCCCGGCAAUAUCCAAGAGCCCGGCCUUCCUUCGCUGAGGAACCUAGUCGUGGUCAGUAAUAUCCACGACACUGCAGAGUGGCAUCGGGAGACGUGCGAUGUGAAGAGUAUCACUGAUUGGAGAGAGACCUUGAUAUGGAGGGAAGAUACGUGGGAACAGCGUCAUAUCGAAGAGUCGGUCCAGUCUCAAAGAAGUGACGAAGUUAUCAACCUGCAGUUUACUAGUGGGACCACCGGUGCUCCCAAGGCUGUCUCGCUAACUCACACGAACCUACUCAAUAAUGGCAUCUCCAUUGGUGAUUGUAUGCGAUUGGGCCCAGACGAUGUCCUUUUCAUCGGUAACCUUGCUGCAUGGUCCUAUGGGUCUUGCGUUGUAUACCCUUCAGAAAUCUAUGACCCUAAAGCUAUCGUGGACUCCGUCGCGCAGCACAGAUGUACGGCCCUGCAUGGCGUCCCCACGCAUUUCUUGGGUGUGUUGGCGGAAGUGCAGAAGAGGCAAGACGCGGGAGAGAAGUUAGAUCUGAGUUGUCCUACGGCAGGCUCCCCAAUACCUAUCGAUCUCAUGCGACAGCUCAUCGAGAAAUUGAACCUCGUGGAUCUGUCUAUUGCAUAUGGAAUGAGUGACCCCGUGUCUUUUCAAACCACACCGGCGGAUCCAAUCAUCAAGCGUGUUGAGACGGUCGGUAGAGUGCAACCGCACGUGAAGGCCACGAUCAUUGACCAAGAUGGACAUGUUAUCCCUGUCGGAAAGCCAGGUGAACUGUGUAUCGCUGGUUAUCUUGUUCAGAAAGGCUACUGGGAGGAUGAAGAACAAACGCAGAAGGCCAUGCGGGCAGAUCCGAAUGACCCGUCCACAAUAUGGAUGCAUACAGGUGAUGAAGGGAUCAUGGAUGAGGAAGGAUAUCUGAAGAGUAAGUCUGACAUUAUUAUCCGUGGCGGGGAGAAUCUAUUUCCGGUCCAAAUUGAGAACGCACUGACCGCACAUCCCUCCAUCAGGGAAGCUGCAGUUGUGUCCGUGCGUGAUACGAAGUAUGGAGAGGUCGUGGGGGCAUGGAUUGUCAGAGAACCAGGCACCAACAUGUCAAGAGAGGACGUCCGUCGGACCGUCGCAGAGAAUAUGAAUCCACAGAAUGCUCCAGCGUGGGUAUGGUUUGUCGGCGAAGAUGGCGCAGCGGGAGAACUUCCGAAGACUGCCAGUGGGAAGGUUAUGAAACAUGUUCUUCGCAAGUGGAGUGCAGAGUUUGCGCAGAAUGCUAUUGGGACUGUUGGAGGGAAAUGAUCCAUCAAUGUAUUAUGCAUCAUGGGCUAUCGGUUAUACUUGGUCUACUACAUACUUCCGGAGUCUCGCUGAUGUCACAAACGGCGGACCUGGCUAGAGUAUUCCAGACCUAGCCUAGAGCACUCCAGAGCACCCUAGAUUACCUUUAGAAGGUAAUUUCACUGGCGGCAAAAGGUGGUAAGAUGUCAGUUUUCCCACUGUUUUGGCAGUCAGGAUUUCCUGCAAAAUGUUCUUUGUC